AUGACAAUAGAAAACCUGUUAGCAGACGCGGCGAAAAUCGUAGACAAGAUCAACAAAAUUAACAAAAGUAAAGAGGAUCUGAGGAAAAUAGUAACAGAUGGACUGUCAUCUCUUGGCUAUGAUUCCUCUAUUUGCAAAUCCAAAUGGGACAAAUCUCUCUCUUACCCAGUAGGGGAAUAUGAAUAUAUAGAUGUGAUAGUGGAAGGGGAAAGAUUGUUGAUGGAUAUAGAUUUCCAAUCGGAGUUUGAGAUAGCGAGAUCGACUGGGACGUACAAGGCGAUAUUGCAAUCUCUACCGUACAUAUAUGUGGGGAAAGCCGAUCGGUUGGGUCAAAUAGCGUCGAUAGUAUCGGAGGCAGCGAAGCAGAGUUUGAAGAAAAAGGGGAUGCACUUUCCGCCUUGGAGGAAAGCUGAUUACAUGCGUGCCAAAUGGCUCUCUCCUUAUACACGACGAACAACAACUAAUCAACCUGGCCUAGGUUGUUGUGGGUUUUAA